CUCAAAGCCCUAUCCUUCACCUUCAAAGAACAGGUUCUCUCUCUAGAAAAUGGAUGGGUAUGGGCAUGCUGGCCGACCCGGAUCCAGACCCGACACAGCAUGCUUGAUCAGAACAUCAGAGCACUACCUCCGGAAACGGAUACUAGACGGUUGCCGGAGCUUCGCGCUCCAAGCUCAAGAGUCCGACCCGGGCAACACCGCUGCCGCCCAGAUUCUCGCCGUCGCCGACGUCCUCAAGGCCUCCGAAACCCGCUUUAACGGCGACCGACCCGACUGGUACGCCGUAUUGGGAGUGACGCGAUACUCCGACGACCGUCGGCUCAUUGGGACCCGGUUCCGAAGCCUCGCCUCGCUCCUGAACCCCAACAAAAACAAGUUCGCUUCCGCCGGCGAGGCUUUCGGGCUCGUCCGCGACGCCUGGACGGUGCUGUCGAGCCCAUCAGGGAAGACCCAGUUCGACAACGAGCUACGAAUGGUCGAAGGUCGGACCAAAAUCGAGGGGCAACAUUGCGGGUCGGGCGAUGGAGCCACGUUCUGGACAGUGUGCCCGUACUGUUACUACGUGUACGAGUAUUCGAAGGUCUACCAAGAACAUUGCUUACGGUGCCAGAACCGGAGCUGUGGCCGGGGCUUCCACGCCACCCCAAUUCCAUCUCCGCCGCCACCGGCGGUGGCCGGUAACGGCCAGUACUGGUGUCUGGGGUUUAGCCCAGUUGCGUUUGCCAGUCAAGAACAGGGCAAAGGGUUUUCAUCUUGGUCGCCUUUUGGCACGGUGUUUCGGGAGACGGAAGAGAAGGGUGCUUCUAACGGAGACCGUUCUUGCCCAACUCCGGAUCCCUCAACUGUUGUUGUAAAUGCUACUGAUCAAACGGAGGAGGGUAAUCUUCCUAAGCCGGCGCGGAAGAGGAUGAAAACGACGGCCGCGAGGAAUUCGAGGAAGAUAAUGGGCAGAGGGACCAGAGUUAAGAGAGAUGAGACCGUUUCUGGGCAUUCUCAAGGACAGAGCUAGAAAAGAAACGCAGCUGAUCCAUCCAUCCAUCUAUAUAUAUAUAUAUAUAUAAUUUUGGCAUCUUUGGAUUGGUUUUUGGUAAUGAACUUCCAGUCUUUUUGUUCAUCUGGUUUGACAGCUUCAAGCACUUGAUGUUAUGAGUGAUGGCAACUGAAAUUUUGCUGUUUCUUCAGUUGCCCAGUGGUUGAAUAGCAAUCCCCAUGUGGGUAAUCAGUAACGCAGUUAUAACUUUGAAUGGUAUUCCAUCUGUUCUUUUGUUUAUUUCUUCAAUCUGAUGGAUUAAUCAAAAUUUC